AUGGACUGUAAAUUAUCUCGAGCUUCUCUGAUCGAAUUGCGACUUAUUCCAACACAAGUACUCAAUGAUGAUGCUCUCUGCCCAUGUUGCAAGCAACCAGUAGUCGAGCAUCGAAAUCAAAUAGGACUUGGAAAAGUUCCUUUUACAUGGCAAAAUCUAUUUCCACGGCUUAAACGCAUAUUUAGAAAGAGUGCUGUAGUAUCGAUGAUAAUUGGAACUAUUGUAGCUUUCGUUGUUCUAGUACUCGGUACUCUUCUCAAUCAUUUAAUCACAACUCAUGAAAAAAAUCGACAAGGAAUCAGCGAUCAUCUGGAGCAGUAUCAAAAGAAAUCAUUACAUAUUCCUUACAAUCCACAUGCUCAUAUACCGAUCAAAAAGAAUACACAGAAACACUUUUCAAUUCUUAUCAUCCCUGAUAACAAUCACGGUGAUGAAAAUUUAGGACUAUUAUUUGGUUUAAUCUCUUUUUGUCUUUUUCUUUCGGUGACAUUAACAUCUUUGAUUUUAUGGCAACCUUUUUUAGCAAAAUCUGCUUCCAUUCCGUGUACAAAAGAAAAAUAUGAUGGUAAACAGAAACUCUCAUUGCCUGUAAUUAUGUAUCAACCCAUCUUUACACAAGUUAUUACAAAUGUCAAAGAAGAUGAAGUCUAG